AGAGAGACUUAACUCACACUCGAAUGCUUGCUUGAUAAACAUUACUAUAAUGAAAUUGUUGUGAUGCUGUAAGGGUUAAUAAGAGUACGUCCCAGCCAGCUAUGUUAUGUGUAUGUCGUGGCCGCUCGAUUUGAUAUGCGGGUGCUUGGCGUAGGAGUGGGUGUGGCAGUGCUGGUUGUGAUUUGGGUGGCUGCUACGGUGGCUGUGUUAGCUUGUGCGCGCAGCAAGGUCGUGGUGGCAGUAGGAAUAACACUGGUAGCAGCUGUCUUCUCUCUAAUCCUACUAGUGCUUCCACAACACUCCGCACCUCAUGUGCCUGAGCCGCAGGAUUCGGUAACAGAUUACCUCUUCAUUUUCCGGGUGGUCAUUGUGGUGAUCUCAGGGCUGUCGGCAUUGGUGGGUUUUGGAGCUGUUGUAGGUCACUGGACAGAACCCAUUCUUGGCAAACCACUCAAGAAAGUCAGACUCUGAUAACCAUCAGACCAAUAGUUCAAAUAAAUAGUACAAACGUAUCUGUGUGUCCUUCGGACUCUUGUAUAUAAAAAGAAGAAGCCGACUGGGAGCAAACAUGGCAGUGUUGCCAAAAUUGUUCAAGUUCAAGCCAGUCAUGCAGACAUUGCUGCAGGGCCGGGCCAGCAACCGUAGCUUAUUUAGGCUCGGUAUUGCUACAAACAAGAUCAGAGAGUUUCAUACCAAUGAGCAGCUCUGUGACAUAUAUGAGAUUACUGACGAACAAGACUUUAAGAAGAAGGUGAUGAGGAACUCCAUACCAGUUAUUGUAAAUUUCCAUGCUGAUUGGUGCGAGCCUUGCCACUCGCUCAAACCUCUACUGGAGAAGAUUGCUAAUGAAAAUGAGGGGCGACUCCAUCUGGCAGAGGUAUUAGUUGAUGAUCACGUGGAUCUUCUCCAUGCCUUUGAGGUCGAAGCCAUACCAGCUGUCCUUGGGAUCCACAGAGGCAUUGUUACUGAGAAGUUCGUUGGCCUAGUAUCACACAAACAGGUUAUGGAAUUUGUUGAAAAGCUCUUGGAAAGAACGGCAAAAUAAGUGAUGUAGGUUACUAGGAUUGCUUGUGAUUAUUGCAAAUUUGACAUUGAAUAUUAGAAAUGUUGAAUUGAGUAGCUAGUCUUCAUGUGAUUUUAAAAGAAUAGGUUAAAAAAGAUACGAACUAGAAAAUAAUGAAUCUGAGAGUGCCAUAGAAUAGGAAUACUUACAAUUCAUUUUGAAGUAAAGUGACAUUGAGAUCCAAUAUCAGUAUAAUACCCUUCAUAAUACGUUAUUCUCAUAAGAAUUUUGCACUCCUACGUACACAUGCAUUAAUAUAUCAUUGUACAUGGAUUAUCGUCAGGUAUAGGAACAUUUAAAUAGCCAUUUAUAUCAUUAUUUCAUAUAAGAAAUACAAGGCUACAAAGAGUCUGUUAUAUAUUAUAGAGGAGAUCUUGUUCACUAUUGUUACCAUGAGUGUUGUUGUAAAAAUAAGUCAUGCUAAUAUGCACAACAGUGUUAAUGAGUAGUAUAAUAUGAUUUUAGUGGACCAUAAUGAUUAGCAAUAGGCUACUGUGCAAAGUGCUGGUGACAGUAUUAUGACUAUUCCUGAUAGAUUUUAGACCAGGAAGUUUUAUAAUGAGGCAGGUAAACUUUUCUUUACAAGUUCCAAUGAAGGAGGCAAAACAUGCUAAUUCCAUCUGCAAUAAACUUGUAUAUUAAGAAUGUGUUGAUAUUGAUAUUGAUAAAUGCAUUUCCUAACUCACAAAACUGUAAAUAAAAGAUCAGUUUCUCA